AUGCAUUUCACAAGUGUUCUCGCCGUAGCAGCUUCGCUAUUGUCUUUAGGUCUCGCCGCCGACCCUCUCUCCUUCACCAGCUGGCCCUCGGAUAUUGCUGCCGGCAAGCCACUGACUCUAACAUGGACAGGUGCUGUGACUGACCAGCCCGUCAAAUUGACCCUGCGAAAGGGUGCCUCUGGAGAUCUCAACGAUGUCGAAGUCAUUACUGAUCAAGCCAAAGAUGGCACUUUCACUUGGACUCCUGGUGAGAACAUCAAGGAAGGUGAACCCUAUGCUUUUGAGGUGUCCCAAGGUGGACAAGAAAACUACUCUGCUCUGCUUAAGGCUGGUCCCCCUGCCAACCCUCCAGCACCCGGCACGUCUCAGACUGGCACCGCCACUUCGGCCCCAACUGGUGCUGCUGGUACAACUAGCCAAGCUACUGAGACCGGCACCAGCAGCAAGCCUUUGAUCAGCUCAUCCUCUGCCACUGGCACUUCCAGCAGCCCCGCAUCCACUCAAGCGAGCAGCUCUAUCACAGCGGAGGCCCCCUUUGGAACCAGUGAGUCUGGAAUGGAUGAUAAGAAAUCAUCUGACUCUGCAGAUGUCCAAACUGGUAUUGCAUCUGUGUCUCAGUACUCUGUCAUUCUGGCCACUUGUGCCAUCGCUAUGUUCUUCUACAUGGGCUUUUAG